AUGGUCAUGAAAAGCACAAGAGAACUUGGAUCCGAGACGAUAGCUACUUAUAAUGUUGAUAAUAACGAUACAUGGCCUAGCUAUGAUCUUUAUGUUCUUAAUGCCUGCUUUGUUACGGAGGAUAUGCGUAUAUUUGAAAAACCAACAUUUGUAUACAAACUGUACGAAUAUCAUGACAUUCACUUUGGUAGUCGCCUUCUUAAUGUUAGUCUGUACGGAAUACACGGAUCGGAUUCUUGUUGGCUUGGCACCUGUUUAGUAACUGGAUGA